AUGGCUCCAACUGUGUUGACUAAGGCUUUCUUGUCUUUAUGGGCAUUUUCAUCUGCUGUCCGCGGCUACCCAAACGGUCCAUGGUACCAGGUUCCCUUGGGCGAAAAUGUCCUGGGAGAUCCCACGAGAUAUCCUAUUGCAGAUGACAAACUUGUGGAUUAUGUCGUCGUGGGCGGUGGUGCAUCGGGUCUCACUGUGGCCGCGCGCCUGUCCGAAGAUCCUUCAGUCACUGUGGCAAUUGUCGAGGCCGGUUCAUUUUAUGAGCAGACUGGCAACCACAGUGAAGUUCCAGGAUACGCCGCAGACUUCUUGAAGGGAAAUAUCCCCCCUUCCCUGGACUGGGGAUUCGAUACCGUUCCACAGGAAGGCGCCGAUGGCCGCGUGAAACAUUUCACAAAUGCAAAGACCCUGGGCGGCAACUCUGCCUUUAACCUGAUGGCCUAUAUGGCCACCAGCACGGGGGCAUUGCAGAAGUGGGCAUACGAGGUUGGCGAUGAUUCCUGGACUUAUUCAAAUGUAGCCAAAUACUUCCAGAAGAGCCUAAACUUCACAGGCAUUGACUCCAGCAAGCGACGACUUAACGCAACUCCGGAACUGGAUACCAGCCAUAUUGGACAUGGGGGGCCCCUGGACGUCACAUAUCCUAACUACGGUCAGCCUUUCAGCACCUGGAUCAAGAAGGCAUUUGACCAAGCGGGUAUGUUACCCGUCGGAGGUUUCAUGUCUGGGGAUAUGUUUGGGAGCAGCUGGGUCUUGGACACAAUCAAUCAUACUGAUGGUAAGCGGGCGUCAUCGUCAAAGACCUUUCUGCAGCCCAUCUUGGGCCAACGUGAGAACCUAUUCUUGUAUAAUGGUACUUUGGCAGAAAAGGUCUCGUUUAGUGACAAAACCGCGACCGGUGUGCAACUGCUCCAAGUCUCGGGCGUCGGCGACGCAAAUCUUCUCAAGAAGCACAAAAUUCCCGUCGUCCUCGAUGCGCCGAGUGUAGGGCAAAACAUGGAAGAUCACAUCAGCUUUGGAAUCGGCCACAAGGUCGAUGUGCAGACCAACUCGGCCCUGAAAUACAAGGACCAAUAUGACGAGGCCGUGAAAGAGUUUCAAGGGCAACAAGAUGGACUCCUUUCCAGCCCAGGGCCAGACUUCGGCGGUUUCGCCGACAUUCCGCUGGACCUGCGCAACUUCUCUGCAAGCACCAAAUCAGAUCUCGCCAGCUUCCCCAAGGACUGGCCGGAGGCAUUCUUCAUCUCUUUCCCUGUCGACAUGGGCUUCCCGACCGAUGGAUACAACUAUGCAAUGCUAUUUUGCACUCUCAUGACCCCCAUGUCUCGGGGAACUAUCAGUAUCAAUUCAACCUCAAUGAAAGAUAGCCCAGUGAUUAACCCGCGAUGGCUCACCUCCAGCACCGACGUUGAAAUUGCUGUUGCAGCAUUCCGACGUGUCCGACAAAUCUUGCAAAUGCCCGUCCUUCAACAAAACAUUAUCGUCGGGUCCGAGGUCACACCAGGAUCCGACGUGAAGACUUAUGAUGAGAUUCAUCAUUACCUGAAGCAAAAUUUUGCCUCCAUGUCCCACCCGGCGUCUACCUGUCGAAUGGGAAAAGAGGGGGACAAGAACGCAGUGGUAGAUUCCAAGGGUCGCGUUUUAGGUCUUAAUCACUUGCGGAUUGCAGAUGCAUCAAUCUUCCCUUUCUUGCCUCCUGGUCUUCCUCUGGGCGUUGUCUACAUGGUCGCUGAAAAGAUCGCCGGCGAUAUCAAGCACGCCCGCAAACCGCAGCAUUCCGAGCUGUGA